GGUCAAUCAUGGAAUACGCCAAUGCUGCUAAAGAAAUAGUCACUGCAAUUCAAAAAGCUGACGCUGAGAUGAAAACCAGAAUUCAGAAAAUGAUGAAACACAGAACUUUGGAAGAUGUUGCAGUUCUACAGACAAUGCUUGAACGAGUUUCCCAAUCUUCCAACAAAGAGCUCAUCAGUGACUUCAACAAACACCAAAUUCCACAAAGACUACAAAAAGUUGCGUCACUCGUUAAAAAUUCCCAUGGGCACUAUUUUGCUGAAAUACAAGGAGAUGGUAUUGAUUACACCCUAUUCACUUGUCUUCGAAAUGAGGGAUAUUGGAUGGAAAAACAGAGGGCCGCGUGUGCCGCAGGCGCUGUUGCUGGGCUUUUAUUGCUUGGUGGUCCAACUGUUUACAUGGGAUUUAUUAUUGCUGCUAUGCAGAAACAUUUGGGUGAAAUGGAGGCUAAUUUGGCAUUUGUUGUUUCCGAAAUCGAAAGUAUCUUUGAUCAAACUAACUCUCUUAUGCUUGCUAAUAUUGUUUAAGUUUAAUCUUUUUUUGUGAUUUUUGUUUUUUCUCUAGUGACAAAACCCAUAAGUAUUAUUAAUGCUCAUAAUAUGUUAAAGACGAUAAGAUCUAAAAAAAUAAACUAAUAUUUAAUUU